UCAAACCGCAUGCGACCGCAUGGCAUGUUGCACGGCAUGGCCACAAUCCACAUGGUGCGACUGCGACGACUGCCGAAAAUCUGGAAAACUUUCUUUAAGAAGAAAAUGACCAUUUCUUAAUUUUUUAAUUGAAGAGAAGAGACCGAUAUGGCCGGAGACGAUUUCGCCGCGUCCCAGGACAAGAAAAAAGCGCACAGAGAGCGAAAUGCAGGACGUAAAGCUGAGAAAAAGAAGCAGAAGAAUCCACACGUCCAGGAGCUGAGCGACAAACAGCGCAACCCGAAGGCCUUUACAUUCAACUCGGCAGUGAAAGCUGAGCGCCAGUUUCGCCGCAAAGAGGACAUUCAGACCAAGAAGCAGCACAUCCCAGUAGUAGACCGAAGCGCUCUGCUCCCUCCUCCAAUUUUGGUGGCUGUAGUCGGACCCCCAAAGGUGGGCAAGAGCACCCUGAUUCAAUGUCUCAUCCGAAACUUCACUCGAAAGCCUCUCACCAGCAUCAAAGGGCCAGUGACUAUUGUGUCUGGCAAAAAGCGUCGCAUCACCCUGGUCGAAUGCAACAACGACAUCAACUCGAUGAUCGACCUUGCUAAGGUCGCUGACCUUGUCUUGUUGAUGGUAGAUGCCAGCUUUGGCUUCGAGAUGGAAAUCUUUGAGUUCCUCAACAUCUGCCAAGUCCACGGCAUGCCUCGAAUCAUGGGCGUCCUCACCCACCUGGACAUGUUCACCAAUCAAAAGACCCUGAGACGCACAAAGAAGCAGCUGAAGCACCGCUUCUGGACUGAAGUUUACGCUGGCGCUAAAUUGUUCUACCUCUCCGGAAUGGUGCACGGAGAGUACCUGCGUAAUGAGAUAAAAAAUCUGGGACGUUUCAUCUCGGUGAUGAAAUUCCGACCUUUGACCUGGCGCUCGACCCACCCUUAUCUUCUGGCCGACCGCAUUGAGGACAUCACCCCUCCAGAACAAGUUCGCCAGAAUCCAAAAGUUGACCGGACACUCUGCUUGUACGGCUGGGUGCGAGGCGUGCCCUUGAACCAGAAGAGCAGUGUUCACAUUCCAGGGUCCGGUGACCACCCCAUCAGCGAGGUGUCCUUCCUGCCUGAUCCCUGUCCCCUUCCAGAGAAGUUCAAGAAAAGGGUGCUCAUUGAGAAGGAGCGGCUGAUCUACGCACCGUUUUCAGGGGUUGGAGGCGUCGUGUACGACAAAGACGCCGUCUAUGUUGAACUGGCCGGCAGUCACUCGCACCACCACCAACCGGACACAGAGCAGACCGACCUGGUCAGUGGUUUGCUUGAAACGCAGCAGACGGUCGACUACAAAAUGCAGCACGCUCAGAUGCAGCUGUUCUCGACUUCAGAGCCCAUUACGGCCUCUGACUGGAGUAAAGAGAAAAAUGGGGUGGCCGAGGAAGAAGAACAGGAGUCCGGAGAAGAGUGGUCGGAUGUUGACGAAGAAGAUGAGGACGAUGAGGUCGAACAGAAGGAGGAGGAAGGAGAAGAACCAUCACAAGUGCCUUGGAAGACAAAAGAAGCUCAAGUGGAAAAGGAAGGUGAUGAACCAGAGGAAGAGCCUCCGGCCAAGAAAGUGAAAAAAUUGAUUCAAGCCGAGAGGAAACUUUUGCAAGCUCUUGGUGAAGAUAGUGACGAGGACAGUUUGUCAGAUUUGAGUGAUCUUGAAUAUCAGGCGGUUGAAGAUGAGGAGGAAAAUGCUGAUGAGGUAGUUGAGAAAUCAGCAUUUGUACCGAAAAGGCCGCUGAAAAGCAAAGAAGAAGAAACAAGAGCCAAAGUUGCAGAAGCCAUGGCCGCUGUUGACCAAGCAAGGGCGAGAAUCAAUCAAAAAGCCCAGAAAGAAAAAAAUGAUGAUGAUGAAUUGGAGGACGAAGACCUUCAGGAUGAGGAGAUGUCAGAUUUGGAAGGGAUGGAUGGCGAUGAAACUGCAGAGGGGUCUGCCAUGAAGUGGAAGGAUAAUUUAGCGCAAAAAGCAGCCCUAGCAUUCCAGGAGAGACAAGCAACCACGGUCAGUUUGAGGAAGCUUGUGUAUGGAGAAAGGAGUUUAGCCAAAGACGACAGUGACAUAGAGGACGAAGAAGAUUCAGCUGAGCUCGGCGGUCUCUUCCACAAAGUUAACCUUGAGCAAGGUCAGAAGGUGGAGGAAAAGGCUUUGCGAAACAGAGAAGACGUGUCGCGCUUCCCUGAUCCCACGCAUCAGAGAGACUGGAAACUUGAACAUGUUCGGGAUUUGAUCCGAGACUGUUUUGUGACCGGCAAGUGGAAAGAAGAAGACGACGCUGCCGAUUUGCUUGAAAUGGACAAUCUGGACGAGGAUGGCGAUUUCGAAGACCUGGAAACAGGCGAAAAACAUGUGUCUGCAAACCCAGGCAUGCCCGAGUCGGCCGAGGAGAGGCGGAAGAAACUGAUUGAGAAAAAGAAAAAGUUGAAGGAAAAAUUCGACUCAGAGUAUGAUGACAAGGACGGGGGCAAAACUUACUACGACGAGCUGAAGCAGGAAAUGAGCCAGCAAGCGCAGCUCAAUCAAAAAGAAUUUGAAGGAAUGGACGAUGAGUUGCGCGUCCAGCUCGAAGGUUACCGCCCUGGAAUGUACGUCCGCGUCGAGCUGGCCAACAUGCCCUGUGAGCUGAUAGCAAAUUUUGACCCGACCUACCCCAUUAUUUUGGGAGGUCUGAUGCCCGGGGAGGAAAACAUUGGCUACGUCCAGGCCAGGUGCAAGAGGCACCGUUGGUUCAGCAAAACCCUGAAGACCAAGGACCCGCUCAUUUUCUCCCUGGGCUGGCGGCGUUUCCAAACGCUGCCCCUCUACUCAAAGCAGGAGGACAACAUGCGCAACAGGUACCUCAAGUACACCCCUCAGCAUGUGGCGUGUCUGUCGCACUUCUGGGGUCCCAUUUCGCCCAAGGGCGCCGGCUUUCUGGCCGUCCAGGACGUCUCGGUUCGUCAAACGGGAUUCCGCAUUGCGGCCACCGGCACGGUCCUUGAGCUGGACAAAACCGCCCAGGUGAUGAAGAAACUCAAACUGGUGGGCACGCCGUUGAAGAUUUACAAAAAGACUGCAUUCAUCAAGGGCAUGUUCUCGUCCAGUUUAGAAAUCGCCAAAUUUGAAGGAGCCAGGAUCAAGACGGUCUCGGGAAUCAGAGGUCAAAUCAAAAAGGCUGUCAGCAAACCGGAAGGCACCUUCAGGGCUACUUUCGAGGACAAGAUCUUACUGAGUGAUAUUGUUUUCUGCCGGACGUGGUAUCAGGUGAAAAUCCCACAGUACUACGCGCCAGUGACGUCCUUGCUGUUGCCAGAAGAGAAGAAGAUGACGUGGAAGGGCGCCAAGUCUUUGGGCGAACUGAAGAGGGAGAAGGGAAUCCGGAAUCAAGCGCAGGAAGACUCGAUGUACCUGCCGAUUGUGAGGAAGGAGGUGGCGCCGGCCCCGCUGGUCAUCCCCAGGAGUCUGCAGAAGGAGCUGCCCUACAUGGACAAGCCCAAAUCUCAGGUGAUCAGGGAUCCGAAAAAGAGAGAACUCGAGUCGCAGAGAGUGGCUGUGGUGCUUGAAAAGCACGAGCAGAAGGCGCUGGAACUGAUGCGCCGGUUGAAGACCACCUACGACCACAAGAAGGAGGUGUCGAAGAAGGCGACGUCUCUCAGGAUGGCCGCGCACAGGGCAAAAGUGCAGAAGGACGAAGUCAAGAAGCUCAAAAGGGAGAAGGUGUUGAGGAAAGAGAUCUUCCGGAAAAUCAGCCAAAUGGACAAAAAGAAAAAGAAAUUUGAUUGAACUUUUGAGAACUGAAAUUGAGUGGAGAAUUUAUGGAAAAUAAAAUAUAUUUCCAA